GGGGGGGGCUGCCAUGACGCCGCCGGAGCUGGCGGCGGACCUUUCGGCGGCGUUGGAGGUGGAGAUCUUGGCCGACCGCCUGCGAACCAGUGAGGAGCUGCAUGUGCGCAUUCGUCCGGCGGAGAGCCCGCCGGCGGAGGGGGCCAUUUGGGAGGCGGAAGGCCCGGACCAGCACUUGGAGUACGACUGGUUCCAGCGCGCCGCCUUCGCCUGCGUGGAGCGCGGGGAGUCGGUGCUGGUAGCGGCGCCCACCUCCGCGGGGAAGACCGCGGUGGCGCGCAAGGCGAUCCACCAAUGCAUCGCCUCUGGCACUCGGUGUGUCUACACAGCGCCCAUCAAGGCGCUCUCCAACGAGAAGUUCUCGGAGUUCGUCCAGGAGUUCUCCCCCGACCGCGUGGCACUGCUCACCGGCGACGCCCGCGCCGGGAACCCGGAGACGGCCCACGUGGUGGUGAUGACCACCGAGGUGUUGGUUAGCCUGCUACACAGCGCCCGGCUCGAGGACCCGGACCCGGGCCCGGAGGGCGGGGAGGCCCGGCCUCCGGGCCUCAUCCGGAGCCUCUCCUGCGCCGUCUUCGAUGAGAUCCAUUACAUCGCGGACGAGGAGCGGGGCACAGCCUGGGAGGAGGCCAUUGUGCUGCUCGAGCGCCACGUGCAGCUGGUGGGCCUCUCGGCCACGGUGCCCAACUUCUGUGAGCUGGCGGGCUGGGUGGCGCAGACGCGGCACCUGCCCUGCCACGGGAUCUACAGCCGGCGGCGGCCGGUGCCCUUGGUGCACGGCGUGGUGUGCUGCCCCUUCGACGGCUCCAGCCCCGUGGAGGUGACGAAGCGGGGCCGCUUCAUGCAGAGGGCCUACGAGGCGGCGGUGCAGCGCCUGCCGGAGGUGCGCACGCCGGUGGAGGUGAGCCGCGCGGAUCGUGGCCGCGAUCUGGUGGCCUUGGUGCAGGCGUGCAGGAACGGGCAGCUGCCGCUCAUCGUCUUCUCCUUCUCCCGCCGCGAGAGCGCGGAGAUGGCCCGGCAGCUGGCGCCGGCGGUGAGGCUCAAGCCUGGCGCCCGGAGGCUCAUCGAUGACACCGUGAGGGAGGUGAUCCAAAAACAUCUCCAGGAGCCGGACAGACAGCUUCAGUCGGUGCGGGAAUGCCACUUCCUGCUGAGCAGGGGCGUUGGGGUUCACCAUGGGGGCCUGCUGCCGGUGCUGCGGGAGAUCACCGAGAAGCUGUUCAAGGACGGGCUGGUGCGGGUGCUGUGUACCACCGAGACCUUCGCAGUGGGGGUGAACAUGCCCAGCCGAUCUGUGGUCUUCAACUGGCCAGCGGACCACGAGUUCCAGAAGUACGACGGUAUGGAGCAGAGGAACAUCCUGGUGGCCGAGUACAUGCAGAUGGCCGGGCGUGCGGGGCGGCGGAACCAGGACAAGCGCGGCAACGCCUGGAACGUGAUCACCAGGAGGCACCCCUCCCAGCGCCUGCGGGCGCUGAUGAUCGGGGGCAACAUCGAACGGGUGGAGAGCAAGUUCCGGCUCAGCUGGCCGCUGAUGCUCAGGUGCCUCCGCAGCGGGGGCAGCGGGGUGUUGCAGCUGCUGCUGACGCAGAGCUUCCGCCAGUUCCUGUCCAAGAUGGCCAACGCAUCGGUCUUCGAGUCGGAGCUGGAGCCGAAGAUGCAGGUCUUGCGCGCGGAGGGCCUAGCCGAAGGCGCCGGCUUGAAGGAGCUGGGCAGCGCGGCGGCGUACAUUCAGGUGGCGCACCCCGCGCUGCUCUGCUUCAGGAUGCUGAAGACGGACUUCCGAGCACUUCUGCGGGCGGAUGCCCUGCCCACCUUCGUGGCAUUCCUCUCCAGCUUCGCCAACGACCUCGAGGAGGAGGAGGAGGUGGCGACGGCGGACCGCUUCGGGCCCUACUGGCAGUGGUGCGAGGACCAAGUGCCCCAGAUCUCCGAGACGUUGCGCGCCUGCGGCGUGAUGGAUGAGGUGUCGCUUGGGCAGCUGCGGCGCCGCGCGGGCUUCGUACAGGCCACCUACUUGUGGAUGCAGAAGGAGAACUUUGAGCGAUGCAGCGACGCGGCGGGGGGCGCGGAGUAUGACGGCAUCUUGGCGCGCGUGCUGAAGAGGACCAGCUUGCUGCUGAAGCAGCUCGAGAUGGCCAUGGCCCUGCUGGGGCUGGCGGAGCAGGAGGCCUUGCUGCAGCAGGCCCGCGGCAUGUUGAGCCGCGGUGGGGCGGCCUACCAGAGCUUGCCCUUCCUGGACUCCAUCUACCUGGCGAUAGCCUUCGAGCCGGACACCCUGGACGUGUCGCUGCUGCGGCGGCAGCAGCGGCCCUGCCCCUACCCGGUGGGCGCGAAGGUGGAGCUCGCGCCCAGCGAGAUCGGGUUCUCCCACUUCUCCAUCUCCGCGCGGUUCAAGCCGGAGCGAGGGGCCCCGGCCAUGAGCAUUGCAGAGACCUUGCAGGAGCUCCUGGAUGGCAAGGACCCGGAAAGCAUCCCCGAGAUGCCUGUCUUCUGGACCGACAACCAGUUCUGGACCUUGGCGAACCGCCGGCUGGCGACGUUUCGCCUCUUCCAGCAGCGGUGCGGCGACGCGGCGCGCUCAGCCAAGGUCAAGGUCCGGGUGGCCGGACCGGAAGAGGCGGAGGAGUGGGGCUUCUGGUGGCGCUGGACCACCGGGCUCUGGCGGGGCCGGCGCGCCGUGCUGCGGAACACCUCCGAGAUGAUCGGGCGCACCGCCGAGGAGACCACCUUCCGCGCGCUGAGCUCUUCGCAAGACGUGGGAGAGGUCUUCGCGGAGACGGGCUACGAGCGCUGCCCCGCGCGGCCCAGGGACAUGUGCCACGAGGAGGCGGAUGAGAUGGAUGACACCGAGAACGACACUGGUGGCGGAGCAAUGGGCGAGGAGGAAGCCUUGGAGAUGGAGGAUUUCUCGGUGGCCCUGGACCAGCAGCAGGUGUCCAGGUUCCUCAUCAACCGCGAGCUGGACUGCACCGAUUGCGCGGAGAAGCCGAGGUCCAGCUAUUCCGUCAGCCGGCCCGCCACCAGCAGGGACUUGAUCUGGAGCGCAGGGUCUGACGCCUGCGAACUGUCAGUGGAGGAUCCCAUCCCGGAAAAGUUCGAGAACAUCCACCAGUACCUGCGCAGCUUCGCCCUGCCGAUGCUGGAGGAGCUGCGGGAGGGCCUGGGCGCGGCGCUGGACCCGGCGCAGCUGAACCUGCAGCAGGCGGAAGCCGCGCGGCUCCACAGCUUCCAGGCGGCCAAGGAUUCGAAGAUGAUGGGCCUGCCGCCGAAGCCCGCGUGGUUCAAAGUCGCCAGCUCGGAGAUUCUGCUGGUCCUGACGCCCACGGGUCAGCCCUGCAAAGCGGCGCGCUGGGCGCCGGGGCAGAUGUGCCUGCUCUACGAGGAGGGCGCGCUGCAAGACGCGCUGGCUCUGGGCGGCGGCGACGAAUCUGCGGACCGGGCGCCGGCGGUGCAGGCGAAGCCGGGAGGAUGCUGCCGCUUCGGCAUGAUCCACACGACUCCGAAGUCCAAGCACGCGCUGGUGCUCGUGAGCCAGCGCAAAGACUUGCCGAAGGUCACGGAGCGGGAGGAGCGCCGGGUGCGCUACCAAAAUGCCAGAGACCGCCGCGCGGACGUGGAGGUGCAGAAGGGCCCGGACGGCCGCAGCACCGCGGUGCGGGUGCAGCAGGAUGGCGCUGCCUGGCGCCAGGGGCUGCGCGUGGGCAUGGCCUGUAAGGUGCGGCGCAAGGCGAAGGACGAAGAGGGCGAAUCGGAUAGCGAGGAGGAGGCCCAACUUCAGGCGCCGGACGCGGCGGCCUCCGCCGUGAUCUUCGAAGGGAAGCUGCGGCUCUGGCGCCUGGCGAAGCUCGAGGCGAACGUCAUGGCCCAGUUGCGGGUGGCGCAGGCCAUGGCGGAUCCAGAGGGGCACCAGCCCAUCUUCUGGCAGCGGGAGAUCUCCGGGCAGCCGGACCACGCCGCCAGCGCCUUCGGGCGGAUGGCGGAGCAGAAGUGCCAAGCCAUGGGGGAGGAGGAGUUCACCCUGGAGGCGGCGCUGAACGAGAGCCAGGAGCAGGCGGUGAGGAAGUUGGUGCGGUGCAGUCACGGGGUGCAGCUGGUGCAAGGGCCCCCAGGCACCGGCAAGACCCACACCUUGAGCGUGCUGCUGCAGCAGUGCGCCCUGCUGGCGCUGGGGAGCUCCAGCGCGCCUGGGACGACCCCCGCCCUGGGCGACGUGCCGUCGCAGCCGCCGGAGCCCAGGAGCGCGAGCGGAGACGACGGGAACGAGAGGUCGCAGCUGAAAGGCGCGCAGCAAGCCAACCGGUGCCUGGUGUGCGCUCCUACCAACAUUGCGGUGCAGGAGCUGCUGCUGCGGCUGCUGGACCGGCUGGAGCCCAGUCUGCGCAGCCAGGUGGCGCUGGUGGCCACCGAGGAGCGCGCCAACGUGGCCUGGGGCGAGGAGGUCUCGCCGGCCUCCUCGGUGCUGCUGGACCACCGGAAGAAGCGCGUCAAGCGGGUGGCGCGGUUCUGGCUGGGCGAGGGCUAUGAUACCCGGAGGCAGCCCAAGCCUUUCCUGCGCCAGGUGCCGUGGCUCUGGCGCUGCGCCUCGCCUGUGGCGGCGCUGCUCUCGGAGCCGGGCCUCGCCUUUGGGCAGUGCCACGCGGCGGGAGGCAGUGGCACGGAGGUGCUCUGCUUCGUGCGGCAGCAGCUGGCGGAGCUUCGGGCCAUCAUCCUGGGCCAGCUGGACCGCCUGGAGCAGGAGGUGGCCUUUAAAGCGCGGGAGUUCGAGCCCUCUUUCGCCUCGAAGAAGGAAACGGAGGAGCGAGGCGCGGAGGGCAGCAUCUUCUCGAAGCUGGAGGCGCUGCGGAACUGCCUGCAGCACUUGGCCCAGCUGCUGCAGGCCACCCUCGCGCUGUGGCGGGUGCAGCGGCCGCCCGCCGGCGCCGCUUUCGCCUCCUCCGAGCCGCCGCCCUCCACCGGCGCCGGGAGCGCCGAGCCGGGCGCGGCGGCGCCGGAGGGGGGGCAGUACAGCUUCUCCAUGGCGGAGCGGCAGCGCGCCUACGAGUGCGUGAUCUGGGCGGCAGAGGACAGGAAGCGGUUGGAGGAGCUGGCAGAGCUCUUGUCUCUGGAGGCCCUCCCACCGGGUGGUCGGGGGCAAGCGGCACGCGAGGCCCAAGAGGAGGCGACGCAAAAGUUCGCCAAGGCGGCCAAGAAGCUGCGGGUGCUGGUGCAUCCGGACAAGGCGCACCCCGAGAUGAAGGACAUGGCGUGCCUGGCGUCCCAGCACAUCGACCCAGCCCUGGCCGCGCUGCGCCAACAUCUCAAGUUCCGAGAGGCGAAGGGGCAACCCACGGUGCCCAGGGCACCCCAGGAGCCUUCGUUUCCGGCGGGGAAGGUGGUCUUGCAUGAGCUCUUGUCCUGCCUGGAUGCCGCGACCCAGAAAAAGCUGGAGGAGGUGCUGGAGGUGCACCAAGAGCUGCAGACGGCCUGCCUCAUGGUCCGCACCUGCCGCUCUGACAAGCUGAAGAGCGCCCUGCUGCGGCGCUGCGCCCUGAUCUUCUGCACUCUCACGGUGGCGGGGCGCCGCACGGUGGCGGUCCAGCAGGUGCCUACUUUGCUCCUUGAUGAGGCGUGUCAGGCCUGUGAAGCCGAGACCUUGACCGCCAUGCGCCACACGGUGCAGCGCAUGUUUCUGGUGGGCGACCCCAGACAGCUCCCGGCCACCGUCGCCUCCACUGCCGCGAAAAGCGCCGGCUACGCCCGGUCCAUGUUCGAGCGCCUGGAGCAACUGGGCACAGAGACCAGCCUGCUGGAGAUCCAGUACCGCAUGGAGGAGCCCAUUUUGCGCUGGUCCAACGAGAGCUUCUACGCGGACCGAAUUCAGACCUCCGCCUGCGUGCUGCGGCGAAAAGACGUGGCGCCGGCCACGGUCAAGGCCCACCCCAAGCUGCAGCACCGCCUCGGGCCCUUCCGCCUGUUCGACACUCGCCAUGAGGGGUGGAAGGAGGAGCAGGUCCGGUUCUCCUUCCGGAACCAGGGGGAGGCCGACUUUGUGAUGAGGCUGAUCCAUGACUUCAUCCAGCACUGCGACAGAGAGGUGACCAUAGGGAUCAUCACCCCGUACCGUGCCCAAGUGGAGCUGCUGAAGGAGCUGCUGGACACCAAGGCAGAGCCGCGGGUCCGGAACUGCACCAUCGUCGCCACGGUGGACGGGUUUCAGGGCAACGAGCGAGAUGUCAUCGUGAUCUCCACUGUGCGGUCUGGGGGUAGCAUUGGCUUCAACGGCGACGAGCGGCGCUUGAACGUGGCCGUCACGCGGGCCAAGCACCGUGCAUGGAUCGUGGGGGAUAUGGAGACGCUCUACGCCGCGCAGUCGAAAGGCAACGUGUGGCGGGAUCUGCUGGCCUUCGCGUGGGCCAGGGGCUGGGUCUUGCCGGCCCUCACAGAGAAGCCGCUGGCGCCGCCGCCGCGGAAGCUGCCCCGCGCGCGCCCGGAGAGGUGGUGGAGCCCACUCAUGCGUCAGGAGUGGGAGGAGCAACGGCCGCUGGGCUGGAUGCGGUCCUUGGAGCGGCCGGACUUUGGGAGGCAUCCCUACUGCAGCCUUUGCGAGAAGCUGGCGGAGGAUGGGCACCUCGAGAGCAAGCAGCACCGAGGCAACAAGCGCCGGGAGCGGCAAGUCAUGACCUUGACACGGCCAGUGAAGGGCUUUUUCGUCUCUCUGCCCAACGAACCGCCGGGCGGCUUUUCCUUGACCUCAACGCGCAAGGGCCUGCGGGUGGCGCAAAUCGAGGCCAACUCGGGGCUGAGCCACUGGAAUGAGUGGGUGGCGGAGAUCUUCCAGGUGAACUGUGGGAGCCGCGUCUUGGAGGUGGAGGGCCUUGUGGGGGACCAGGCCGCAGCAAGGGUCGCGAGGCCCGAGACGGACGCCGAGGGAAGCGCGGCGCAGCUUCGGAUGACGGUGGCGGAUGAUGGGGAUGAGUCAGAGAGCUCGGAGGACGUCUCCGGCUCGGACCUCCCGGAGCCCGAGUCCGAGGCGGCCCCGGGCCGCGAAGCCUCGCCCUGGGCCGGCUAUGCGGCAGCUGAAGGCGGUGAGCGCUUUCCGCCGCCGGAGCGCCAUGCCCCAGCGCCGGCGCUGGGCGGCCCCGGGUUCCCCUGGCAAGCCCUGUAUGACGGCACCAAGGCUCGGCGGUGUAAGGGUUUGGACUCGGAGGAGCUGUGCAAAUUUUACCACCGGGGCGAGGUGGUGGUGCAGCUGGCGGACUGGGAGGAGCUCGAGGACGGCAUGCUGCGGAUGCCCAUCCGCCCGCCCAGCACGGACGCCGAGGCGGAAGCGGCCUGGGUGACGCUGGACGCCACUCGGUGCGGCGGCCGGCUGGUCUUCAAGCCCCUCUUCUCGGACACCCGCGGCUCGCUGUGGCGCCGCUGCGUUGAGAAGAAGGUGGUGCUGAGAGCCGAGCCGGGCCUGGGGAGCAAGGUGCUGGGCGACCUUCAGGAGCAGGUGGUGCAGCAGGUGGGUCGCUGUGUGCCCCUGGACGACGGAGUGGUGCGCAUGCAACUGGAGCACGGCUGGGUGACCUUGGACGCGCGCCCCGGCGGCGGGCCGUUGUUCUUCCACCUCCUGCUGCUGGCCACGGACCGCGCCAGGUGGCGGGCCCUGGCGCCGGCAUGGCUGCGGAAGAGCUGCGAAGUCAGCUCCGAGAGGUGCGGCAAGGUCUCUGCCGGGCAGAUCUUGGAGCAGCUCGGGCCAUGGCAGCGCACGGGCGAGGAGGGACUGGUGCGUAUGCCCAUCUCGCGGCCCGGGCCGGAGGGAGGCGUGGCCUGGGUCACGCUGCUGAAGUACCCGGACCUCCCGUCCUUUGAGCUCGUCGAGGUCUUCUGAUUAGAUCCCGCGAGUGGCCGACGGAUUGGGUGAUGGUGAGUCAACACCUGGAGCCUUAGGACAACUCACUUC